AUGUUACAAGCAAUCAAGUACAACAAGGGUGACCUUGAAAUUCUGGACCAAUUGCAACUUCCGUUCGUUCAGAAAUAUAUCACCAUUCGGACUUCCGAGGAUGGGUGGCACGCCAUCAAAGAUAUGAAGGUCCGCGGGGCACCAGCUAUUGCCAUAGUGGCAAUGCUUGCACUCGCCUCGGAAUUGACCUCUGCUAUGAAAAACGACGAGCUCCCUGAACUGCCGGAUAAUGUACGCCAGAUUAUCUGUGAGAAACUUGCCUAUCUGGUGACCAGUCGGCCGACUGCUGUCAACCUCAGCGACGCUGCUCGCAAGCUGGAAAUCGUGGCGACAGAUUGCGCCAAGGCGGCAGGCUCUCGUGGUCGCGACAUUGCGGUGGCGUUCAUUCAGGCAGCAGAGGAUAUGCUAGGAAAAGAUUUGGAGGAUAAUCAAAGGAUAGGGCACCACGGUGCAGAAUGGAUUGCUGCCAACGCCAUUAAGCCGGGCAGUUCGGGAGUCGCAGUCCUGACUCACUGCAACACUGGAUCUCUCGCCACCUCUGGGUAUGGCACAGCACUGGGCGUCGUCCGCUCGCUGGCAUCAAAGAAUAUCCUACGCCAUGCUUAUUGCACGGAAACCAGACCCUACAACCAAGGAUCUCGCCUGACGGCAUUUGAACUAGUCCAUGAUAAAAUUCCAGCUACACUCAUCACGGAUUCCAUGGCGGCUGCGUUGCUUGCUGAUACCCGUGUGGAUGUGGGCGCCAUUGUGGUCGGAGCUGACAGGGUAGCAGCCAAUGGUGAUACUGCCAAUAAAAUAGGUACAUAUGCCCUGGCUGUCUUGGCCAGGCACCAUGGUGUCAAGUUUUUGGUUGCAGCACCGCGCACGACCAUUGAUCUGGCCACGGGUUCAGGACAGGAUAUCAUCAUUGAGCAACGUCCAGCUUCCGAGGUGACAAGCAUCAAAGGGCCCUGUGGGGAAGUUGAGGCUGCGGACAAUAUUGCGAUCGAGACUGUACGAAUUGCGGCGCCGGGUAUCAACGUCUGGAACCCAGCAUUUGAUAUUACUCCGUCAGGUUUGAUCGAUGGCAUUAUCACGGAGGUCGGUGUUGUAGAGAAGGGUCCCGAUGGUCAGUAUCAUUUGGAUGGACUAUUUAAUUCCUCUGUUUGA